GCCAGAAAGUUCACUUCACUUUGCCUCUUGACUGUUGGGAUACCAGCUGGUCUCUGUGUGUGUCUCUCCGCAGUUCUUUCUUCCUUGACUUCAGAGGCAGGCUUAACAUCAUGUCUGACACAGAGGAUAUUGUGGAAUACGAGCAGGAGGAGGAGGAGGAGGAGGAGGAGGAGGAGGUGAACGAGGAGGAGGAAGUAGAGGAGGCACCUGAGGUGGAAGAGGAGGCUGAAGAAGAGCAGGAGGAGGACGAGGAGGAUGAGGAGGAGAGGGAACACGUGGAGGGGAGCGAGGGGGAGAACAAGCCACGGACCAAGUACAUUACCAACAUCGCUCCUCCCAAGCUGCCCGACGGCGAGAAGGUAGACUUUGAUGACCUCCACCGCAAGAGGCUGGAGAAGGACUUCAAUGACCUGCAGAGCCUGAUCGAGAUGCACUUCUCCAGCCGCCAGAAAGAGGAGGAGGAGCUUGUGGCCCUCCGCAACCGCAUCGAGUGCCGCCGUGCCGACCGUGCCGAGCAGCAGCGUGUGCGCACCGAACAGAACAUUGAGCGCCAGGCCCGUCUUGCUGAGGAGCGGACCCGCCGGGAAGAGGAGGCCAAGCUCCGCGCCGAGGAGGAUGCCAGGAAGAAGAAGGUCUUCUCCAACAAGGCGUUCGGCGGCUACAUACAGAAGGGGGACGUGAAGAAGUGCAAGAAGCUGACGGGGCGCGAGAAGAAAACCAAGGCUCUGUUGGAACGCCGCAAGCCCCUCAACAUCGACCACCUCAACCAGGAGAGGCUGGCGGAGAAGUCCCGUGAGCUCUGGCAGUGGCUGCGCCAGCUGCACGCUGAGAAGUUUGACCUGGCCGAGAAGCUGAAGAGGCAGAAGUACGACGUGAACGUGCUGCGGAACCGCGUCAGCGACCACCAGAGGGGCUCCAAGGUGGCCAAGGCAACCCGCGGGGCGAAGAAGUUACGUUAGUCACACAGCAACGACCCCAACAUUAUCAGAUUAGUCUAGCUGUCUUUGGACCGUUUUAGGUACAACCACCUGCUUCUGCUUUAUCAUAUUUACUGAGGAUUGGGUAUAGGCCUGCUUGUUUUUUUCUUUGUUUAUUUGGGGGGGGGGUCUACAGUAUAAAGUUAGCUAAGCAGGUCUGUAACUGAUCAGCCUACAUAAUGUAUUUACAGGUUUUGCACCGACUGUAACUUCCUUUGUUGACUAUGUUUCACAAGGUAUAUGAUUACUGAUAUCGUAUUCACAGAUCAGUUUUGAUUGAUUCUAAUAAAAUGUGUGAAUGUU